AUUGGAUCCAUUCAUUUUUAUUGAUUGUAACGCUUCUAUAGAAACAGUUUUGAUCAAAACAAUGGAAAAUGGUUUCUUGUUGGUGCCGAAAGAUGAGGAAGAUAAUGAGAAAUCUGAAGACCAGACAGAGAUGAUGAAGAAGGUAAGCUUUAUGGCUGCUCCAAUGGUGGCUGUGGCUGCUUCUCAGUACCUCCUUCAAGUUAUCUCCAUUGUUAUGGCUGGUCACUUGGACGAGCUCUCUCUCUCCGCCGUUGCUGUCGCCACUUCUCUUACCAAUGUCACUGGCUUCAGCCUCCUCUCUAUGACUCGGUUUUUCCAGUCACAAGGAUUGGUUCUUCCUCUCUUCUUGAGCUCUCUCGGUGCUCUCUGUUUUCACAUUCCCUUUUGUUGGCUUCUUGUCUACAAACUGAGAUUCGGAAUCGUUGGUGCUGCUUUGUCCAUAGGUUUUUCGUAUUGGCUCAACGUAGGUUUGCUUUGGGUUUUCAUGAGAAACUCUGCUCUGUAUCGCGAAAACUGGAAUCUUCGGACGCAAGAAAUCUUUUUGAGCAUGAAGCAGUUCUUUACCCUCGCAAUUCCCUCUGCAAUGAUGACUUGCUUGGAAUGGUGGUCAUUUGAGCUUCUUAUACUAAUGUCAGGACUCUUACCAAACUCAAAGCUCGAAACAUCGGUUUUAUCCAUUUGCCUGACAAUGUCGUCUCUGCAUUAUGUUCUUGUGAAUGCAAUAGGAGCAGCCGCGAGCACACACGUCUCAAACAAGCUAGGAGCUGGAAAUCCAAAGGCAGCUCGAGCCGUUGCUAAUUCUGCGAUUUUUCUCAGCGUGAUUGAUGCAGCCAUAGUAAGCAUCACCCUAUACGGCUACCGAAGAAAAUGGGCUUAUAUAUUCAGUAAUGAGAGUGAAGUAGCUGACUAUGUAACUCAAAUCACACCCUUUCUCUGCCUAUCAAUUGGUGUUGACAGCUUUCUCGCCGUAUUCUCAGGAGUUGCUAGAGGAACAGGGUGGCAACAUAUUGGAGGUUAUGCAAACAUAGGAUCGUAUUAUCUGGUCGGGAUCCCGGUAGGUUCGAUCUUGUGUUUUGUUGUGAAACUGAGAGGGAAAGGACUUUGGAUCGGUAUAUUAAUUGGCUCUACUUUACAAACGAUUGUUCUUGCUCUUGUCACUUUCUUCACCAACUGGGAACAAGAGGCAGCGAAGGCUAGAGACAGAGUAAUCGAGAAUUUGAGAUGACAUCACAAGAAUCAUAUUAAAAGAGGAUGUACAAGGUUUAAUAAAAGAUAUUUCAGAAA